UCUCCGCACAGCCAUGGCCUUCACGUUUGCAACCUUCUGCUACAUGCUGGCUCUGCUGCUCACCGCAGCGCUCAUCUUCUUCGCCAUCUGGCACAUUAUAGCAUUUGAUGAGCUGAAGACUGAUUACAAGAAUCCUAUAGACCAGUGUAAUACCCUGAAUCCUCUUGUACUUCCAGAGUACCUCAUUCAUGCUUUCUUCUGUGUUAUGUUUCUUUGUGUGGCAGAGUGGGUCACACUGGGUCUCGACGUGCCCCUCUUGGCCUAUUAUAUGAGGUAUAUAAGUAGACCCGUGAUGAGCGGACCAGGACUCUAUGGCCCCACAACCAUUAUGAAUGCAGAUAUUCUAGUGUAUUGUCAGAAAGAAGGAUGGUGCAAAUUAGCUUUUUAUCUUCUAGCAUUUUUUUACUACCUAUAUGGCAUGAUCUAUGUUUCGGUGAGCUCCUAGGACAACACACAGAAGAAUGGGCCCAGUUAAGUGCAUGCAAAAAGCCACCAAAUGAAGGAA